UCUGGGGACAGUAUUUACUAGCGGACUGACCGGUGCGAGAUAUCAUUCAGCAAUUUUACAUCUAAAAUCCAGCAAAUAUAACAGUUUGUAGUUAAAUAAACCAAAUUAAAAUGACAUGUUCUUGUAGAAACGGAGUAGAGACUUAAUAUUAAAGCAGUUUAUAUUUGCGACAACAUGGCGACGCCCGGUGCGAGCUGUCUUCUUUAAAGUGACCUGUAAUUGAAACUAAUCACACCAGAGAUAAUGAUACUAACAGCUCGUCGCCUGUCCAAAGUGCUGCAGCUCACCCUGGCGGUCAUCAAACCAGACGCUGUAGCUCAUCCUGUCAUGUUAGAGGCUCUUCACCAGAACCUGGACAACAACUUUGGCAUCGUUAGAUGCCAAAAGAUCGCUUGGGUGGGAGGAGCGCAGGACUCUGAGAAGUUCUACGCUGAACAUUCAGGGCGAUUCUUCUACCAAAGACUUGUUGAAUUCAUGUCAAGUGGUCCGAUGCGAGCGUACAUUUUGGCCAGAGAGGACGCCAUACGUCACUGGAGGGAACUGAUGGGACCGACCAAAGUGUUCAGAGCCAGAUACACCUCGCCUGCUUCCAUCAGAGCCCAGUUUGGACUCACAGACACACGAAACACAACUCAUGGCUCAGAUUCGGUUGAGUCGGCACAAAGAGAAAUCCAUUUCUUCUUCCCAGACUUCUGUGCGGAGGAGUGGAUGGAGAAGGAAGAGCCAUCGUUCAGAUCAGGAGAUAUAAAUUACGACCAUCAGAAACAGAUCCACACACUUUCAACGCAAAGCUGACCCCAGAACUGCUGUUACAGUCCCCGCAGCACCACUUAGAAACUCUGCAAUUAAUCAUCAAUUGUUCCAAAAUGAAUGCUGCCAGAGAAGAUGCUACAAGCUAUAUAUGAUGUAUAAUGUGUGAGGAUCCCAGAGAAGUGCAUGUUUCAUGUUUAUUUUUGUCACCACAGUUCGUCAAAGUGCCAACAUGUUUAUCCCGUGUUUUUGUCAUUUAAACUAAGAUAUACAGCUCUUUAUGAAGUCAUUUCAAACAAGGACCAUAAAUAUUUUUAAUUUAUUGUCAUUAGAAAACACAAUCGACUAGAUAAGAAAAUGUAACUGUAUUGUACAAAACAACACGAUGUAGUUAGACAGUUGUCUACAUUGUCAUCACAAACUCCUGCCUUCACUAGCAAUAGUGCAAUCAUCACAAUCCGUUUCACUUUCCUGAGCCAUACAGAUUUUUAACACAGCAGCAACCACAUGUUCUGUAUCAAUGUCGAAUAACAAAACUAUAUAUUUAUAAUUUGUGAAUAUUCCUAUUUGUUAACAUUCGUAUGUAAAAUAAUACUGUAUUAGGCGCACACAUGUAUGUAUCCUCAAAAGCACCUUAAAAUUGUGUUAAUAUGCUUUUUAGGUUCUUGUUCACUUAAGGAAUUUGAAAUGUGCCAUUGAAACAGGCUGUCUGCUGUAUACUAUGAUUUUUUUCUAUGCACUGUAAAAUGUCAUAUCUCGUGUUUUCUUUGACCAACAGACGGGUUUUACAUGUCAGUGUCUUUGAUGUGUCAAAGUACAGUAAAAUAUUGUAACAGGCACCAUAGAAAUACAUCUUACAAUAUUAAAUA